ACAUCGAGCAACAUGGCCGCUGUGUGCGCUGCUUCCCGUGUCCUCGGGAGAAAGAUUGUGACAUCUAAAGCUCUUCCAGCUGUGUGCCAGGCAAGCAACCGCAAACUGCAUUUUUCCAUCUACGGAAAAAAGGGAGAGGCAAAAGUCUCUGAAGAUAUCUCCACUCAGUAUCCAGUUGUAGACCAUGAGUUUGAUGCCGUGGUGGUGGGUGCUGGUGGGGCGGGGCUGCGUGCGGCUUUCGGUCUGUCAGAGGCUGGUUUCAACACUGCCUGUGUCACCAAGCUGUUCCCCACCCGUUCACAUACAGUGGCUGCACAGGGUGGGAUUAAUGCUGCAUUAGGCAACAUGGAGAAUGAUGACUGGCGUUGGCACUUUUAUGACACAGUGAAGGGAUCUGAUUGGCUGGGAGAUCAGGAUGCCAUUCACUACAUGACAGAGCAGGCCCCUGCUGCAGUUGUGGAGUUGGAGAACUUUGGUAUGCCGUUUAGCCGAACAGAUGAUGGGAAGAUCUAUCAGCGUGCCUUUGGAGGUCAGAGUCUCAAGUUCGGUAAAGGAGGUCAGGCUCACAGAUGCUGUUGUGUUGCAGACAGGACGGGUCACUCCCUUCUACAUACACUCUAUGGACGGUCUUUAAGGUAUGACACCAGCUACUUUGUGGAGUAUUUUGCCCUGGAUCUGCUGAUGGAGGAUGGAGAGUGUAAGGGAGUCAUCGCGCUGUGCAUGGAGGAUGGAUCCAUCCACCGUUUCAGAGCCAAGAACACAGUCAUUGCCACCGGUGGUUAUGGCCGCACAUAUUUCAGCUGUACAUCAGCCCACACCAGCACAGGGGAUGGAAAUGCUAUGGUGACACGUGCAGGUCUUCCCUGCCAGGAUCUUGAGUUUGUUCAGUUUCACCCCACAGGUAUCUACGGAGCUGGUUGCCUGAUUACAGAGGGUUGCCGUGGUGAGGGUGGAAUCCUAAUCAACAGUGAAGGCGAGAGGUUUAUGGAGCGUUACGCACCAAAUGCCAAAGAUUUGGCCUCUAGGGACGUGGUCUCAAGGUCUAUGACCAUUGAGAUCCGGGAAGGAAGAGGUGUUGGUCCAGACAAAGAUCACGUCUACCUGCAGCUCCAUCAUCUUCCACCCCAACAGUUGGCUGCUCGCCUGCCAGGUAUCUCCGAAACCGCCAUGAUCUUUGCCGGAGUGGAUGUCACAAAAGAUCCCAUUCCUGUAUUACCCACCGUCCACUAUAACAUGGGUGGCAUCCCCACCAACUACAAAGGACAGGUCAUCACCUAUAAAGAUGGAGAGGAUAAGGUGGUGCCAGGCCUGUACGCCUGUGGCGAGGCCGGCUGUGCGUCAGUACACGGUGCCAACCGCCUGGGCGCCAACUCUCUGCUGGAUUUGGUUGUGUUUGGACGUGCUUGUGCCAAGACCAUUGCUGAGAUAAACACUCCAGGAGAGAAGCUGUCACCAUUAAAAUCCAACGCAGGAGAAGCAUCUGUCGCAAAUCUGGACAAUAUCCGCUUUGCAAAUGGCAGUACCAGAACCUCAGAGAUCAGGUUGAACAUGCAGAAGACUAUGCAGGGUCACGCUGCUGUCUUCCGCACCGGAGACGUCCUGAAGGAAGGCUGCAUCAAGAUGGACAGUGUCUACAAGUCGAUGGAUGACAUUAAGACAUUUGAUAGAGGUAUUGUGUGGAACACUGAUCUGGUAGAGACGUUGGAGCUGCAGAAUCUGAUGUUAAAUGGAGUGCAGACAAUCGUCUCCGCUGAGGCCCGUAAAGAGAGCAGGGGUGCUCACGCCCGAGAGGACUUUAAGGUCCGUGUGGAUGAGUAUGAUUAUUCCAAGCCACUGCAGGGACAAGUGAAAAUACCUUUUGAGCAGCACUGGAGAAAACACACUUUGUCCUAUGUGGAUCCCAAGACAGGAAAGGUUACUCUUGAAUACAGACCUGUAAUUGACACCUCUCUGAACGCUGAAGACUGUGCUGCCAUUCCCCCUGCCAUCCGUUCCUAUUAAACACAUACCAAAAUACCC